GUUGGUACGGGUUAUCUCAGACCUAUGAUUGGUCCUUAUCCAUAUUACUAUUCUAACCUAGGAACCAGAGGAUACUCUGGUUUGACGUGAUGAGUGCAGGGUACGGACGAGUCGGGUGAUGUCAACUCGCGACGUUCUGGCAAAUAUAGACGGUUUGCGUGCCAGGUUCUAAACCAACCUAGGUUCUCCUAUGUGUUCCACUACAUCAAUUUGCUAUAGCUUCAUAUCUCAUGUUAGCUCAUCUACAGUAAGUAGUGUUUCGGGUUCGACGUCUUGGGACAUCAUUAUUAUAUAAGGACCACCGUCAAAUCCAUUACAAUUGGCCGUACCAUAUAAUCUGCAUCAAUGAAGGACACACGUCCAGUAAGGGACCCCGAGUCUAAGACCACCCGCCCAGCACCCGAACAUCUACCUUCAAACACCGAUACUCUCCCUGAGAAAUACCCGACCAAACAACAAGAGUCACGGGGGCAAGUUUACAAUCACGUCCACCGCAACGCCUCCCACGCAAAGGACCGGUACACCAAAGCCAGCCCUGUAAACACAAGCAGACCAGACCGCAAUGUCUCCUUCAGGUCUGGCCAUCCCUCCACCAAGUCCACUAAACCUUCACGCCCAGGCUUCCAGACCGCCGCCAGCUUCCAGACGCACUACAUGGAGAUGCUGCUCAGCCUCGACACCAUCCCGCGGCUACAUAACAUCCUCGUCUCCUUCUUCGCCUGGGUUCUCCUAGCUGGCUUCGUCGUCUGGCCCGGCACCUUCACCAGCAUCGAGGAUCUGACCGACGAUCCAGAGGCAUGGUCCAGUUCCGCAGCCAACGCCGUCCUCAACCGCGUCAAGAACGUGCCCCUCGUUAUCGUGGGUGCUGUGUGCUGCACUGCCGGCACAACAGGGAUGGUAUGGUUGAGCGUGCGCUGGCGGAAGAACUACGUGUGGCUCCUGAACCGGCUGUUUUUGCCGGGCGCUAUGAACGGGCUUGCGGGUCUGAUCUCGACGUUGGUUACGGUGUAUACUCAGGCGGAUGGAGAUUGGAGUAUCAUGGCUAAGAUUACAGCGAUCGUGGAAGGGUCUGCGCUGGGGAUUUGCGGGUUGUUGUUUGUGAUUUUCAAUAAUUUGUUGUUGAGAUGGAUCAAGAUGAAGCAUGGGCGUGAGGUCGAGAAGAUGCAGGCUGAAGGCUUUCUGGAGAAGACGGAGAGGAAGCUACAUGAGCCUGCUUUAGAACCUGGGAGUGUUGUGUAAUCAUCUUUUUUGUACAUCCGAUUUGAAAUCUGCAGAUUCUUGGCUUCCAAAUGCUCGCAGGUCGAGUGUUGGUAUCGGAUGCAAUAUCUAGAGCUACAAUGUAGAAAAAUCUCCAUGUUCAAAGAA